AGCAGACAGGCUUAACAGAUCAUUUCAGAGCAUCGCCAAAUAACUUGGAAGCGCUCGAAACGUCUAGAUAGCAAUCUCUCCAGUCGUUGUUUAAAGGAGCCAGAUGCCUUUCACAUGAUGUGUUCUGCUGGAACGAGCUGGGCUGCCUUUAACUUGAUUGUUCUGCUAUGGGGUAGAGCAGCAGGAAUAGAAACCUGCGAUGAAGGUGCUGCUUUCUCUGUGCCUGGGCCGGUAGUCCCGCUAGGAACAAACGUCACAGUAUACUGCACCUUCAAAAAGUCUACGCAUAGAUGCAGAACAGCAAUCUACCAGGAUUCAAAUGAGAUACGCGAUCGUCGCCAGUACAAUUCCUCUACCAUUUAUUUGAAGAUUGCAAACUUAAAGAAGCACAAGGUGUCGUUUGCCUGUAAAACAGAGUGCAUUUCGUUCUCGCGCUUGAUCUGUGGGAUUGAUAUUAAAGCUGGUUACCCACCUGAGUCCCCCCAGAACCUGACCUGCACUCAGAAUGGACAACGCGGGGAUGUCACAUGCACUUGGGACAAAGGAAGGGAGCCUCACAUUAAAACCAGCUUUCAUUUAAGAGUGAAGAAUAAGACUCAUGACUUGAAUGGGAUCUGUGAUGACCCUAGCUCUGGAUCUGUGUCUUUUCAUAAGCUCAAUGCAGAAUCUCUAUACACAGUCUGGGUUACAUCUUCAAACGCAUUGGGAAAUGCAUCUUCCCCACCUCUUAACAUCACACUCAGUGACAUAGUGAAGCCCAGUCCUCCGGUCAUCACUUUGUUUAACUGUGCCUCCUCUGACUGCACGCUGUACUGGGAGGCUGCACAGAACUGCCAGCUCCUGGAGGUCAGGGUCCAGCCCCUGGGCCAGAAUGCCUGGAAACAUCACACUUUGAACGUGACAGUCAACAGAUUCACUCUGCCUGGUCUGCAGCCCUUUACAGAUUAUCAGUUCCAAGCGCGGUGCAAGCUGAGCCGCACUAAAGGCAUGUGGAGUGAGUGGAGUGAGCCAGUCACUAACAGGACACCGGAAGCCGUGCCUACAAAAGAGCUGGAUGUUUGGUUUGUGAUGGAAACCCCAGACCCAAACUCCAUCACCCUUGUUUGGAAGAAGCUGAGCCAGUCUGAAGCAAGAGGACAAAUCCUGGGGUACAAAGUGACGUCUCCUCUUCCAUGUAAGAACAAGAUCCCUGCAGUCCUGCCAGACUCCCAGAACCACCUAACCAUGGCCAGCUCUCGCUGCAUCCUUACACUGUCAGCCUAUAACUCCAGAGGAAGCUCCCCUCCUACAAACAUCAGCAUACCUUUCCAGACAGGUUUUCCUGCACCAGGAAAUGUAACCUGCAUGCCUCACUCUAACGACAGCGUUGUGGUUAGAUGGAGGCCUCCAGUAAACAAAGGCCUGGCUUUACGAGGUUAUGUAGUGGAGUGGUCUCCUCACCAGGAGAAACUGGACCUCGGCUGGACAAGACUCCAUCAUGAAAAGCUUUCUACUGUCAUAUCAGGACCUACUGAUGCCUCGCACACUAACUAUACAAUCAAUGGGCUGAAGUCUGGAGCCACCUACCUAGCUUGGGUGACUGCUUCAGCUGCUGCUGGAGAGGGACCAAAGCAGGAGUUUGAAUUAACUGUCAAUCCAGAAGAAAACCCACUUGUGUUGUCUUUGACGGGCGUCGCAUUAAUUUUCAUUCUGGCUUUGGUGUGUAUUUCCUGUAACUCAGCAGUAAGUCAAAGGAUGACACUUCUCUGUUCCCGCUUCCUACCUCAGUGGUACACGGGUCACGUUCCAGACCCUGCCAAUUGCAAAUGGGCUCAAGAAUACGCUGCUAUAAAGGGGCAGAGGAAGCUAGUUUACGACCUGCAUCUGAGCGACUCCCUGUCCAGCUGUGACGAGCCUGACACUCUUGAAGUUGAGGAAGUGUCCGAGGAGAGCGACUCAGCCCCUGAAGACCUCGUCAAUGACAAUGGAAUGUGUGCUUCAGCAGAAGAAAAGCAAGCAGGCAAGACAACCAUGCUGCCAUGGUGCAGACUGGAGGACCUGGCGAUAUAUAAACACCAGCUGCCUUGCGCAUAUAUCCAAAGUAUGUCAUUGGAGUCUGACACUAACGUGCAGACACCAGAAUCCUGUAACACUGAGAUUACAGUGGAUUACAUACCUUCCAACGUGUUACACAUGGGCUCCAGCGAAGAGGAAACCAGCGACUUCUUUGAUGACUUUGCCCCUUCUUUCCCCAGAAGCCCAUUCUCAAAACCUAAAGGGACACUCACUUUGGAUGCAGUGAAAAUAGAUUGCAGUUCUUUACUGGAUUGAACUACCUCACCACCUGUUAUACUGUAAAUUGUACUAACUAGAAAUCAUUUUCUACAGCCUGCAUUGCGAAUUAGUAAUGGUGUUAUUUUUGCUUUAAAACAAUGUUCUAAAAUCAUGUAGCGAUGUGUGUGCAAAGGGAGAAACUGUAAAACAUAAAAGGAUAAAAAAAUCAAUGCAUGUUGCUGGGGCAUGGCAUGAUGAAUAGACAGUUCCAACCAGUGACAGUCCAUGAAUGCUAACCACAAAAUGUGGAUGCAACGCCUUUUAAUUAUUUCUUUAUAGGGAUCAGCUACUUGGGAUACAGCCAGUAAGAGGCUGACUCCUCAUCACGGUAAUGUCAGGAAGCAACUUAAAAGAAAUUUAAAAACAAUUAAAAAGUUAUUACAUGCUCCAAAAUUAUCAUACAACAGAGUGUGUGUGUGUGUG